AAAAACAGAACAUAAAACACGAAAAUCUACAACAAUAACCGGCAGUUUAAAGUUAACUUCAAAUGAACAUAGUCUCAACACUCAAAUGAUCGGCAAUCUUCGGUCCAUGUCGGAUCCAUUCGGUUUACGAUACGAACUCGAGUCAGAGAGAAUUCAACUCGAGUGGGUUCGAGUUACGCCCAACUCGAGUUAACUCGAGUUACUUACUCGAGUUGACCAUCACUACUUUGGAUAAACCCAAUGCUAUUGAAGUUUAUUGAACAGUGAACACACAUUUUUAUCAACAUUCAUAAAAUGGCUAAUGACUGCUAUCUUAUGUCAACUGCCCUAAAGUUCUUAGCUGGGCAAAGUGGAGACAUUUGCAGGUUAUGUUUGGCAUCCACUGCUGGGCAAACCGUGACUAAUAUUGGCGAUAGUUUUUUACUCCAGAGGCCGUACUAUGAGGGCUCAGUUAAUUUCGUUGAAAUGCUCCACGAACUGGGUGUAGGAGCUGAUGAGGCGCUCCCAGGGAACUUCUGUAAUGUCUGCGCUGAUACAGUUGCCAACGCAUAUCUGUUCAAGCGACUCCUUAACUACUCUUCCAGCAAGUGGGCUGAAGUCAUGAGCAGGCUAAGCUCUAGUCUUAACUUGGCUGAAUCAGCCAGGCCAAAUGGGAAAUCUGUUUAUCUUAUCAUAAAUGAAUAUGGUAAUGAUAUGUUCGCCAGUCGCAAUACCCCAAAAGUCAAAAAGGAUGUGCUGAUUCAGAUUCGAAAAAGUUAUGCAAAAGCCAAAGAAAAAAAAUCCACGAGUGUGAAGUGUACAGAAUGUGAUAAAAAAUUCAAAUCCAACAGCCUACUUUCAAAACACAAUGUAAAAGUUCACAAUAAAACUGAAAUUUCAUGUCCUUAUUGUUUCAAAAUGUUUGCUACACCUAGUCGGUUGGAAUACCACACAGAAAAGGUUCACUGUCCAAAAAAAAUUCAAUGUCCGAAGUGCAAUGAAAUGUUAAGCACACCCAGAAUGUUGAAAUACCAUGACCGGGCAAAACAUGUGGCAGUUGUAUGUAAACUGUGUGGUGUGCAGGUCCCAUGUAAACAAAAAUUACAAGCUCAUUUAGAGAAACAUAAAGCUAAUAAAUGUCCAAGGUGUGGAAAAAACUUUGCUACUAGUUACACAUACAAGGCUCAUGUAAAGGCUUGUGGAAAGGAAGGGAAAACACCAAAAUUCUUUUGUGAUAUUUGUGAGAAGGGAUAUGUAAAAAAAGAUGGUUUACGCUCACAUUUAAAGAUCGAUCAUGGAUUUGGCAAAGUACUGAAAUGCAAAGUUUGUAAAAAGAAGUUUAUAAGGGCCAGUAAACUAAAGAAUCAUAUGGUAAAGCAUACGAAAGAAAAGAACUUCUGUUGCGACCAAUGUGGUAGUAAGUUUGUGACACAAGCUGGCUUAGUUUACCACGUCAGACUACAUACAGGUGAAAGGCCAUUUGUCUGUGAAUUGUGCGAUGAAAGGUUUGUUUCUGCUUCUCGUCUGAUGGAACAUAAACACAGAAAACAUUUUGGACCAACCAAGCAGUGUUCAAUAUGUCCCAAGAAAUUUGUGAAAAGUAGUCAGUUGAAAACACAUAUGUAUAGGCAUAGCAACCCACAUAGUAAGCUAUAUUCAGGAGCAGAUAUUCAGCCCGUCUUUGUGGAAACAUGCAAGCUAUAGAAGUGCUAUUUGCUUCUCAAAUGAAUGUGCUUAAUUUCAUGAGUGUACAAGUAGCUAUCGAGUUGUGAGGGGGCCAACAAUACCUCGAAAUGAUUUCUUUAAUGUUACACAUGGCUGUUAAAAUACCAGUUCCUUAUUUUAAUGUGGCUGGGCAUACUACCAAAUGACUAGAUAGAUUGUUCAUGUUCAAUGAUCAGACGGACACACAAACAUUUUAAAUAUAGAUGUCAUGAAUGCUCUGAUAAAGGAAUCAUGAAUGUUUGCAUUUUUUUUUUCAAACCUGGAACCUGCGCCUGGACUGGAACUAACAAUGAGAAAUUAUAUUUAUUUAAACCACUUAAAUUCAAGUCAAGACGAAAUGUCUCCAAUAAAAAUACUGUUUUAUUUCUAUUUUCUGCAAGUAAAAUUAAAUAUUUUUG